AUGAGCAAUAGUACCCAAGAGGAGACUGCGAUUCUCUUCCAGGAUACAAAUACAUACCUACUCGACAUUCCACAUUCAAUUACGCUCGCGCAAGAAGGAAGACCAACACUACGCCAACAACCAGCCCCAGAAUCCGGUUCAGGAGCAGAAAAGAGAAUACACAGAAAGACACUGAACUUACUUUCAUGCUCACCUAUCAAAGAGCCAUUCCCCUCUACCGAGCCUAAAACGCCCGCUGCUCUCGCCAGGCUCCUCGACACCAUUCCUGUGUCUGAGAGGCGGUUCCACUUGGAACUGAUACUGCCACUCGUAAGGGAUUCCCUCGAAGCUAUCAAGGCUGAAUUUUCCCAUGAUCGCCGGUGGUGUGAGGCUCGAGCAGUGCCUAGUGAAUCUGAACCUCAUGAUAGCACAACGCCGAAUCAGCAUCCACGGAAGCGCCGGAGGGGAAACGAUUAUACGCCCUUGGGGUCUGCGUCAGAUAGCCAUGUCUCGACUAAAAAUGAACCACCAAUGAUUCUAUCAACUACCUCGCCGAAUGACUUUGAGGCCUUAUCAGAUCUUGCUAUCGUCAAAAAUCCAUCACCAGAGCCCGCCAUAAUCAAGGUUGGAAGCGGGUACGGUGAUGAGCAAAGUCCUCCUUAUGAAUAUAUUAUCCCACCGGAGUCGAGCUUUGUGCUUUGUACACUACCUCUAUUUGAUGCCGAAGUCGACCGUCCAUCUACAUCUCAUAACUAUCCCAUCCCCGGACUUCCCCAUCAUCAGAAAUUCAAUCUCAUCCUCAUGGACCCGCCUUGGCCAAACAAAUCCGUGCGACGCAGUAAGCACUACCAAACACAUCACUAUUCAGAGAUGGAUGUGCUUACCGAAGGGUUACGAGAUAUACUCCGUGUACACUCGCACAACACGAAAACAAAGCAGGGGCUACAUCCAUCUGAGCUCCAUUUGGAACCCCCGAUCCAAAGCGAACAGUCUAUAGCUGCGAUAUGGAUCACGAAUGCAGAAAAGGCCCGACGAGCAGCAUACGAGGCCUUGAGCGGCGCGGGCUUUUGUAUCUGCGAGGAAUGGGUCUGGGUCAAGACUACGUGGGACGGGCAACCCAUUUCAGCGCUGGACAGUCUUUGGCGAAAACCAUAUGAGAUUCUUGUCAUUGGGCGCAAGAGUGGUCAUGAUGCCAAUGUCAGCGGACACGGAAACGGAAACGGAAACGCAGACAAUACACUACCCCUGUCUCAGAUUGAUGAUCUGACACGGGUGAGUGAGGCCAUUACGAUGAGACGGGUCAUCGCUGCGGUUCCGGACUUGCAUUCUCGAAAACCGAACUUGAAAUCUAUUUUUGAGGAUGUGUUUUUCAUGGAGAAUGGUCAACUCCAGGAGUAUUCUGCACUCGAGGUCUUUGCGCGCAACUUGACCGCUGGUUGGUGGGCUGCUGGGAAUGAGGUCCUCCGGUUCAACGCUCGUGAGUGCUGGGUCGAUCUUGGGGGCGAGGGAGAGGCAGACCUACAUGAAUGUGCAUAA